CCCAGCAUGCACCGCACCAUCUGCGGUAUAUUAUUGACAAAGGAAAAAAAGGCAAGAGACAAAACAAAAACAGGGUGGGAUCAGCGGCAAAAAAUACGUUGUCACAACACCGCAGCGACCCGCGUACUGACAAUAACCAGUGUCAAGCCAUGGCCCUAAGGAGCUGAAAGCUGCCAUUUCCACCUGAGGGAGUUUAAACAUUUUGAGAGCUUCUGGAGAGAGAGACAGAGAGGGAGAGAGAGAGAGGGGGCCCAGACCGUGGACGGGAAGGGGAAGAGCUCAGCUGGAGCCAAUGCAGCAGCAGCAGCAGCACAGACAGCCUGAGCUAGUGGAAGGAAGCCUUCCCGUGUUCGUGUUCCCCACUGAGCUUGUCUUCUACGCAGAUGAGCAGACAUCUCACAAGCAGGUGCUCACCCUCUACAACCCUUAUGAAUUCGCCCUCAAGUUUAAAGUGCUGUGCACAGCGCCAAACAAGUACACCGUUGUGGAUGCUACUGGAGCCGUCAAGCCACAGUGUUGUGUUGACAUAGUCAUCAGACACAGAGAUGUGCGGGCGUGCCACUACGGGGUGUAUGACAAGUUCCGGCUGCAGGUGUCGGAGCAGAGCCAGCGGAAAGCUCUGGGCCGCAAAGAGGUGACGGCCACGCUGCGUCCCUCUGCCACACAGGAGCCGCCUAGCCCCCGGCCUCAAGAGGAAGAACGCAGACUCAAAGAGCAGCUUGCAGACAGCGUGUUUUUUGAACAGACUGCGUUUCAGACAGAGAGCCGGCCUGUUACCGGAGGGCCGAGUGUGUUGACGGUGCUGCUUGGGCUGGUGUGUAUGGCCGCCCUGAUGCUCCCGACCCUGGGGGAGCAAGAAUCUACUGUGCCUGUCUACCUCCACUUAAGUGUUAACAAGAAACUUGUAGCUGCUUACGUUCUUGGUCUUCUUACGAUGGUCAUCCUGCGCACAUGAAAUGCUCUGAACUGAGAGAGAGAAGGGGAAAACGGAUUCAAAAGAUGAAGAGAACAUCCACACACCCAAGGCUACAAUAUGCUUUAAUGGGUAGAGCUGACAUUAAGGGGAGAGGGGUGUGGAGCAUCCGGUCACCUCAUCCCCUCCCCUGAAACAUACAUUUUAGCAUAACUGUUUUCAAAUAUAUACAUUUUGAUUGUGUUAAUGUGGAGAUUGACACAAUGCUGAACUGAUGCAAACAACAGUGACCUCCAGCGUGAGGGUCAGAGGAGUGACAUUCUCAGAGGCGCGGGCCUCGUUUUGAGCCCUGAGAAUGGCUCGCGAAGGAAUAUGAGGGCGUUGAACACCACAAGUUGUUUGGCCCCAUAUUUCCUGUCUGUCUGUAUUUCCGAUGCCAUUAUGUAACAGAACAUGGUUAACUUGAGUGUGAAUGAAGUUAUACACAAACAUGAUACCUGUAUAUAAAGCCAUUAACAUUUUGUUAUGGUCUUCAUCAGUAACCACCCUUAUAUUGAUGUCUAAUUCAAGCUUUUUUUUUUUUUUUUUUUUUUUUUUGGUAGUAUAGACUGAGGACUAAAUGCAUUUUCUUGCAUGUGUGGAUUCCCAUCUGAAUGAGUUAUUUUUCCAACAGCAAUAUGAUACACCUUUACAUCGUCACCAAAGGAAAUAUCUUAUGAAAGAUAAUGGUUUAUUUGUUGUACUAUGUCAGUGCUCCAUCGAACAUUCAAUAAAGUCACAACGCAUUUGUCUGGCA